AUAUAAACGCGGGUUUUAGUUUAAAAAGAGAAGUAUUAUUCUCGAAGUCUCAAGAAGUAAUACGCCAAAGUUAGGACAACAACAAUGACGAAAAUUACCAUCAUAAGUUGCAUCAUCGCAGCUGUUUGCGUUUUUCAAACAGCAGAAGCUAGACUUUUUGAGAAACAGGAUCUAGGUUCUUUAUUGGGUAAUGCUCAAAACGGAAUGUCUGGUGCGCUUGAAAACAUGAAAGAAAUGGGAGAUAAACUUCAAAAUCAUGGAAAGGAAAUGAUGGAAGGCAUAAAAAAUGGACUUGAAAAAUCCCCAAAACGGGCUUUUGGGCCUUCUAAGGCAUGCGUUAACGUGUUCGAGGAAGGACAAAAAGGUGUCGAGAAAUUGAUACAGAGUUUUGAUACCUGCGUUUUGAACGUAACAGGUUCGCAUAGUGCAGACGUUGAUAACGUGAUCGGUGCAAUAAAUGAUCUGCAAAUGAAUUUAUUAACAACCUGUGGAGAUUUCUUAAAAUGUACACAAAAUCCUUUUAAAGUAGUGAAAUGCUUCACUAACAAUCUGCGUCCGCAAGUGGAAAUGCGAUUGAUCGAAGACGUGCUGUGUUUGUAUAGAUAUUUCACGUAUAUGCGGAUACUAGUUGUUGGUCGCUUACUUCGGGGCCGACGAAUCCGUUCGACGACGAGAGAAGCCGCGAAUUUCCCUGGAUGGAAUACGUACGGUUUCUGGGCAUAA